AUGCUCUCAGACCAAGGUGAUGCCACGAAGUCGGAGUACUGGAUCGUUGGCUGGUUUACAGUGGUCGCCGCGUCUCGUGAUGACUCCUCAGCUGCUAACAACGAUGUUCUGAGAUGGAUCCGGGGCUACCUGUGGCUUUACGAGUAUCGUCUGCUGGACCUGGAGGCGUCGACGUUUGCCACGUGGUUCGCUGGCUUCUUGGCGGCUGACUUCGUGUACUACUGGUUCCAUAGAGCCUCACACGAAGUGAGCCUGAUCUGGGCGUGGCACCAAGUCCACCAUUCCCACGAGGAUUACAACGUCACUGUGGCACUCCGGCAGUCCAUGUUCCAGAGACUCUUCGCCUUGGGUUUCUACCAGCCCAUGGCACUAUUAGGAGUGCCACUGCCCGCCAUCUGCCUGUCCCACAUCUUCAGCUCAAUCUCCUAGGCCGCAGUUGUGAUAGCCACACGGAGCUUGGGGUCGAGGCCCCCUCUGGAGUGGGUCCUCAACACGCCCUCUCACCAUCGAGUUCAUCACGGAGCUAAUAAGUACUGCCUGGACAAGAACUACGGUGGUUUCCUCAUUAUCUGGGACAGAAUUUUCGGCACGUUUCAGGCGGAGAAGGAGGAGGAGGAAAUCGUCUAUGGCCUCGUGCACCAACCUCAGACCAGCAAUGUCGUCUGGUUACAGUUCUUCUACAUCCACAACAUCGUGAGAAAAGCUCGAAGCAUGAGCACCUGGGGCGACUUCUUCCGCGCCUUCCUCUGCGGCCCCGGCUGGCUCCCAGGGACACCUCGCCUGGGGGACCUUGAGACCUGCCCUGACGUCCGUGGGAGGGUUAAUAUUACCGGACACCAAGAGAUUCCCCUGUGGCAGAAAGGGCUACACGGUAUCCACGCACUUCCUUGCUGCUCUUCUCCUGCAGCAGGUCUUCACGUUCCAUUUCGAGAUGUUAUCGUGGUCGGGCAGAGCGGUGUUCUUCGGGUUCCUCUUGGUAACAAUAGGAAACAUCACCGCCAUGUACGACGCGUGGCGAUGGGCGCCCUUGGUCGAAGUCACUCGCUGCGCCUCCUACGUCGCCUUCGCCAGUACGAACAGCGUCUCUGGCUGGACCGGCCUGGACACGGGCCUCGCGACGUUUUGUGCCGUUUCUUCUCUCGUGUGGCUCUCCCCGAGUGUGAGUUUGAUACAGAAGAGUUUUAAGAAGAAAGCGGUGUGAGAUAAAACACGGUUGACGCUUUGCUUUUGUUUUGAACAUACGUCUUAACGGUGCUGUAUGGAUGACCUUAAGAGGGAAUUGAUGUGAGAUGAGAUGCAUCUAUUGAUCCGCAUUUCGUUGCGACAAAUGUAUGAAAGGUAUGGAUGAGAAUGAAUAUCUUCACCAUACAAGAGAUGUAUCUGACAGGUCUAGAUUUUAUCUUCGUCGGAAAUACACUUUUCAGAAAUGAAUGUAUUUCUGACGAAGAUAUAAUCGAAAUCGGUCAAAUACAUCUUUUUCUUUGUUAACAGAUUGCAUUGCCACUACGUAUGAAUGUACCUCAAGUUACCAAGUUGGCUCAUAUACGAAUGAAAAAAAUAAUAAUACAAGGUCAAGAUUU